AUGAGCAGCACGCAGCCACCUUACUAUUCCUCCUCCUUCGGGGAUCCCACUCAGCACCCCAGCUCGUCUCAACCGAUUGGCACUCAGGUUGGGGGCGUUGACCCUAGUGAUCCUCGUACUGGGCCUGCUCCACACACAGCUGGCCCACACAAGUCCGACAUAGCCAACAAGCUCGAUCCUCGUGUGGAUAGUGACCUGAGCAAGGAGAAGCAGUCAAGCCACGCCGGCGUUGGUGCAGCUGGUGGCGCUAGCAACACCCGUUCAGGAUCUGCCCAGAAGACGGCGGGUCCUCACACCUCGGACACUGGUAAUAAGCUUGACCCUCGUGUCGACAGCGAUAUGGAUAACCGUGCCCGUCACGCACCAGGCACCGCGGCCAGCGAUGGCCGUACAGGGCCUGCCCCUAGAACUGCUGGGCCCCAUGAAUCUGACAUGGGUAACAAGCUUGACCCCCGUAUUGACAGUGACAUAGACAAUCGUGCGUCAGGGGCCGUGUCGAGCAAUACUCGUGCUGGACACACUCAAAGAACCGCCGGUCCCCACGAGUCUGACAUGGGCAACAAACUUGACCCUCGUGUUGACAGCGAUGUGGACAACCGUGCUCAGUAUGCACCACAAACCACUCACAACCGUAACGCCUCCCACAUGGCCGGUACUGGAGCCACUACUUCCAGCACGACUGGUCCUCACAGCUCUAAGAUUGGCAACAAGAUGGACCCUCGUGUUGACAGUGACCUCGACAACCGCGCUCAGUACGCCCCAGGCACUACGAAGACGGGUAACGAAAACCCUUAUGCUACGCAGAACACCACGCUUAGCAGCGGUUCCAACGCUGGGCCCCAUGAGUCUAAGAUGAUGAACAAGCUCGAUCCUCGCGUGGACGCCCAAACUGGCGACGUGUCUUCCAAGACAACCAGCCAGCCUCAUGGCUCUCAGUUCACCGGUAACACCGAUUCUCAAUAUGGGACCAAUGCCACUGGGCCAUCUACCGGAGCCGGGUACGCGUCCAGCGGCGUAGGAUACCGACCUGCAGAGUCAUCUAGCAGCGCACCUGGGUCCAGGGCUGCUCAGAAGGGUGCAGAUGUUGGUUCCGGUGUGAAGGGAGCUUUUGCCGGCGCUCACGGCAUGGGAGAAUCUCUCCGCGGUGGUCUUAAUGCGGCGGUCGAUAAGACCUUUGGCCACGAAGAGGGCGUCGCAAAGAACGAUGCUAUUGCCAGCCAAGGGGAACGGGAGAUACGCACUGGAAACUUCGGCCGAGGAAAUGCUUACUGA